AUGUGUGUGCGAGGGCAAGUGGGGAGGGGGACUCGGCACAGGACAGGGAGGCCUUGCUCGCAGGUCCUGGGGUCCCAGCGGCGGCCCGAGCGCUCGGUCCGCAGGCGGCGGGCGGGUGCUCCCCCCUCCCGCCCCCACCCCGCGCGUGCGCGCCCCGGCCCCUCCCUCCCGGCCACCCUCCUCUGCUCCCGCGCGGCGGCGGCGGUUCCUCUCCCCCUCCCCCCAGCCCUGGCUCCGGGGGACCCCGCGAUGCCGGUCCGCACCGAGUGUCCCCCGCCGGCCGGUGCGUCGGCCGCCUCGGCGGCCUCGCUCAUCCCGCCGCCUCCCAUCAACACCCAGCAGCCCGGCGUGGCCACCAGCCUGCUCUACAGCGGCUCCAAGUUCCGCGGCCACCAGAAGAGCAAGGGGAACUCGUACGACGUAGAGGUGGUGCUGCAGCAUGUGGACACAGGGAACUCCUACCUCUGUGGGUACCUGAAGAUUAAAGGCCUUACUGAGGAGUAUCCAACGCUUACGACCUUCUUUGAAGGAGAAAUAAUCAGCAAAAAACACCCCUUCUUAACUCGGAAGUGGGAUGCUGAUGAAGAUGUUGAUCGGAAACACUGGGGAAAAUUUCUGGCUUUUUAUCAGUAUGCAAAAUCAUUUAAUUCAGAUGACUUUGAUUACGAGGAACUGAAGAAUGGGGAUUAUGUCUUCAUGAGGUGGAAGGAGCAGUUCCUGGUCCCUGACCACACAAUCAAAGACAUCAGUGGUGCUUCCUUUGCCGGCUUCUACUACAUCUGCUUCCAGAAGUCGGCAGCCUCCAUAGAGGGCUACUAUUACCAUCGGAGUUCAGAAUGGUAUCAGUCGCUCAACCUGACCCACGUUCCUGAGCACAGCGCACCCAUCUAUGAAUUCCGGUGACAGCGGCUCAGAGCAGCAACCAAAUAGAACUGAACUUGGCAAAAAAGAACUUUGCCAAGAAAAAAUUGUGUACCUGCCAGAACCAGGAGAACCGUGUUCCUGUUUCUUCCUGAGCAGACUCGCGUCGGAAAGCAUGAAUGUUAACCACAGAAUCCCAGGAGCGUGGCCGGCCAGCGGGACAGGCGGAGGGAGCGGUCUCUGUUCUUCCUCUCUCUGUGGCAGUUUGGUCUUAAUCUGUUUUUAAGCUACCUUAAAUGCACUUUUCCUUCCUGCACAGCUAACUUCUGUGUCACUGAAAUGCCCAUUUCUUCUUCCAUCCCUGCCCUUAGCCAAGUAGGAGGUCAGCCCCUACCCUUCCUUCCUUCCCCCGCAGCCUUGGUGCUCAGAACCCCCCACCCAGGCCGCCCCUUUUUCCCUUGUCCUCUGCUUCCUCCCUCCCCUUCCCCGGUUGCUUAGUCUGGUAGCUCCAGAGAAGGCAGAGCCCCGGCACCCGUGCGCCCCUCAGCGAUUUGUGCGGGGAGGUGUCGAGCUGCAGUAGCAUCUCCCAGUGAGGCGUGAGACGGAGGCUGCUGUGGGUGGGUCAGCUGGUCCUUCCCUGCCCUGCAAUAACAACACUGAGCUGGUCCAUGCCCUUGGGGUCCCAGGCCUGCCAACAGGGAUCACCACACUUGAGGCUUCCGGAUCCCUGGUGGAACAGUGUCCAGUCCUGCUCACUCAGCACGUUUGCUCUAAACUUUUGAACUUGAGGGCAAUACUAAACUUUAAAAGAAAAAGAGGUUUUUUUAUUACAAAAUUAUUUUUAUGGUCCCUUUAGCAAGGACCCUAUGGCAAAUGCACAAUUAUUCAGAAUUACAUUUUAACGUUUUCACAUUGAAAACAGCAAAUGUUGACUUAGUAAUUUUUAUACCUUAUAUCUAUAUGUAUAUAUAUAUAUAUUUAAUCAACCAGCAGUUUGAAACAAGUCAUCCUGGUACAAAAGUUUUUCAGCAUUGCAUAAAUUAAUAGUGCUAAACAGGGGAAUUCUUUUUGGGGCCUGUUUAGCAUUUGUACCUCCUUUUGCUACUCAAAACAGCAGUGCUUCGUGGCCACCUUCUCCACAGGGCAGAAGGGGCCCUAGUUCAAAAAAAAGUGAAUCGGAAAUGUGGGAUGGGGAUGGGUGGGAACAUGAACGCACUCAAGUAACUCGAGGCUCACGUGCCAAAGUGUGUGUGUGUGUGUGUGUGUGUGUGUGUGUGUGUGUGUGUGUGCGCGCGCACACCUCUGUGUGUGUAUGUGUGUUUGUGUGUGUGUUUGAUUUGGUUAUCAAAUGUUUAAAAAUCUUGGGUUGGCAUCCAUUAUAGCCCAUAGACAUGGAGAGGUGGGCAGGGCCUUUGGAGGGAGUGGCAUUGUGGCAUUGUUGGUGGUUUAUAGACUUACUCAGAAUACAAAGAGGAAAGCUUUAAAAGCGAGAGCAUUAUGGUCCACAGGAGCUAAAGGAACUGAACAUUGCAUCUCCAUGGGCAAUAAUAAGAAAACACAAAGCCCUUCUCUCUAGCUGUGCAGUGGGCGGUUUUUUUUUAAUUCUGAAAAUAGGAUUCUCCAUUUAAUGGCAUACGUACUGUAUGUUACUGAGCUUGAAUGUCAGGGGAGACAAAGGAGAAGUAUCGGGGAAGGUGUUCAUAGAACAUCUAAGGUGAACUGUCCUGACGCUUACCUCUGCAAAAGACCAGAGCCUUGGACCACUAAAAAAAAUUGCUCCAGAAACUUAAGUAGAAGAGUGAUUCGUAUCCUUUCCCAGAGAUGAGUCAGAAAUAAUUUUUUUAAUUUUACUACUCAAAGGCACUAGAAUGGCCAGCUCAGGUGGAACCCGGCUCAUGGCUUACUCACAGAGAGGUCCUGCUCCUGAGCUUCGCUCAAGCAGACGUGUCACGUCAGAGUGUGGAUCUGGGCUGCUGUUUUUUUUUUUCCUUUCUUGGAGGGUGGGAGAGGCAGUUCCACCUGGUGGUACUCAGGGGCUACCCUCAGCCCCAUGUUUGGGGAUGGGUCCUGGUGGCGCUCGAGAGGCCAUGUGCUGCCUCCAGCAUGCGAGUAUACGCCCGGCCCCUUGAACUCUCCAGCCCCCCGGGUUCCUUUCUCCGGUGGCCUGUGCUCUUUGAUUUCAACUCAGUUCUUUGUGCGUGCUGGGGAGGUCUGCCUCUCGCAGACUCCUGGAGGACUCAGGCUCCACUCAGCAUGCCGAGGGGUGCAAUCACACCCCACCCCUGAGCUGUUGGGUCUCAUCGGUGUGGGUCUGAGAGGUGGUGGAGUGAGUAAGCAGGGGGAGAUGUUUGCAGACUCCUGUGGAUCACCUCGUCAGAGAGGCCAGGCUCUGCUGGAGGAUUUCUUCCUCUUUAGCAGUUGUGUUGGAGACAGUGAAGUAGGGGCCCUGGUUUGACCUUUUGGACACAUCUGGGAUGUUUUGCUCAUGUGAGCAGCUUGUCCAUUGAGGACAGGGAAGGGAUGAUUUUCCACCUCUUCUGACUCCCUAAGGAUCCUGCUCUUUCAGUUCCCGAAGGGACUUCAGGGACCAUCUCUGUCUGCAGUUACUUUUUCCUGAACAUUAUCAGUGGUUUACAUGCCUCUUGGUACUAUGUGCAAUAUUCUCGGUUGACUCUUGCAUUCAUAGUUGGGAAGUGAGUGCAGAUGACAGGCGUCUUCACUGUCUUCCUCCACCUGAAACCAGUGUGCUGAGAGGUGGGGUCCGAGGGACGUGGCUAUGCUUCCGCCUGCCUGGGAGCUUCCAUUCUGCACUCGCAGACUCGUCUCCUCCAUGCUGGAGUGCUCCUUCCCUCCCUGUCUGCCCCUCCGGCGUCUCAGCCACAGCCCAAUAGUCGCUAGACUCAGAGGCUCUUCACUCUGUGCUGGUUCUGUUGGUCUCGUUGGAAUCAAACUCCAGGGGAGCAAAGGGGAUUUUCAGUGUCUUUUGCUUCCAGAAACAGGGAAUUUCUAUUCUCUCUAAGGCCUUGAACUGAUUUUUUUUUUCCCUCCUCAUAAAUAGUCUGAUAAGCUAAUUUUUUUUAAAUAUACCAUUAAGUAUGUUGCAUUGUGGUUUAAAAUUACUAACGAGUUCUGGGAAAGAGAAAUAUUUGAUUUUGAAUCUUCUAUGUUUUUAAAAAUUAGAUUCAAAUGGACACAAAGUAUAAAUAUUUUGUUUGUUUAGGGAGGACAUGUGGAAAGGGUUUGAGGGUUUGGGAUGGAAAAAGUAUUUUGCAGAGCUAUCAAUGUCCAAAUAAUUUUUAAAAAAUAAUAAAGGUAUUUAAGCAGCGAGUUUGUUCUAUUUCUAAAUCAGCUGGCUUCCUGGUCUGAGGCCGUGGAGGUUUCCAGGAUGGCUGUCCCAGGGGCCCCAGGCCUGAGCUGAGGCCAGGACGCGGCCCAGCGAGAACCAUGCAGCGCCACCACCCCAGGACCCGAGUGCUCUGACACCCAACACCUGGGCCCGGGCUCCUUCUGUUAAGUUUUGUAUUUAGAAAUGUAAAGGCAUUGUUUUUUUAUGUAUGUGCAGGAUUUAUAUGUUCACAUAACAAAAAAUAUGCAAAUGAAACUUGAUUGCUUUAAAGUCCUCUGUGUAUGCAGGCGGUGUGGAUGGCAGGAGCUCUGGCCGCCUUCCCCUGGACCUCGGGCCCUUGGAGGACAUGCCCAAGCCUCCACCGCCAGCGUGUUUCUGAGCAGCGUCCCGAAGCCCAGAGUCCACUGCAAGGACUGCCCUUGAUUUCUCUGUACCUAGUGACCAAGGGCUCUAACCCCAUCCACUUUGCAUGCUUUUGUUUGGGGGUCACUCCAUGACAGUGUUCAGGGGUGACUUCCAGCUUGGUGCUCUGGGGAACCAGACAGUCCUGGAGAUCAAACCAGGUCUCCCACAUGUGAAGCACGUGUGCUGCAGCCCUUUGAGUUGUCUCUCAGGCCCAUUUCACUUUAGUCCUGACCAGGCCUGAAUGCCCAGGCUCUCUUACUCUAGGGUUAGGUUUCAGGCCCACUUCUCUAGGCAGCACCAAGGGACAGGGCUGGAGACAUUCUGGGAGUGGGGAAGGGCAGGUUGGGCCACACCCGGCGGUACUCAGGGCUGACUCCUGGCUCUGCGCUCAGGGAUCACUCCUGGCAGUGCUCAGGAGAACAUAUCAAUGCCGGGGGUCAAACAGGGGUUAGCUGUGGGCAAGGAAAGCUUCUUACUAUCUCUCUGGCACUGGAAACAUGACAUUUUUAGGAACAUUCUAAGGAAAUGUUUAGAGUGUUGAAAAGGUUUAGAUUCUAAACAAUCUGAUUGCAAAGGGAAUUUACAUCAAUGUCAGAGCAAAGUUCCCCUGUGUGUAUAAAGUGUUACAUUGUUUGAACAAUAAUAAACUGUUUUCUCCUGAGAUAGUGUC